AUGGCGCCCAUCAUCCACUUCCUGGUAUUCCCAGCCUCAUGUAACCCCGUACUGAUGAACCAGACUCUGAACGGCAGCCAGAUCCGAAAGGCCACCGCAAGCCACCCCGGGGCGGACCCGCUGGCCGUGGCUCCCGUGGUGCUGAGUGCCCUGGCCGUGUGCACCUGCUCGUGCAGCAUAGCGGGCAUAGCGGGCAAUGGCAUGGUGGUCUGGCUGCCGGGCUGCCGAGCGCAGAGGACCCCCUUCUGCACGGACGUCCUCCACCUGGCCGUGGCCGACCUCCUCCUCCUGCUCUGCACGGCCUCCAUGCCCACUCUAGACACCCCCCUGCUGGCCCGCGAGGUGCUGCAGAGAACAAAAUACCCGCUGGCGGCCAUCAGCGCACAGCGCUGCCUCUCUGUCCCCUUCCCCAUCUGGUACAAGCGUCACCGGCCCCAGCACCUGCCGGCCGUCACGCGAGCCCUGCUCUGGGCGCCGCCCCUCCUGAUGAACGCGCUGGCCUCUUUCUUCUGCGGCAAGUUCUGGCACCUCUGGGAAGCGCAGUGUUUCGUGACGGACUCCGUCUUCCGCGUCCUCAUCAUCGGGUCCUUCACAUGAGCGACGGUGAUCCCGUCCAGCGCGACCCUCUUCACGCGGGCGCGGGGGAGCUCACAGCGGCGGCGGCGGCCUGCGCGACUGUCCGUGGUCAUCCUGGCCUCCGUCCUGGUGUUCCUCGUCCGCACCCCGCCCCUGGGCAUCCGCUGGUUCCUCCUCUACUGGCUGGACCUGCCCCAGAGGACGAAGACUCCGUUCUCCCACUCGGCGCGCCGGUCCUCGGCCGCGAGCAGCAGGGCCAACCCGGUCCUCUACUUCCCGGUGGGCAGCCGGGGCGGCCGGGGCCUGCGGGAGCCCCUGGGGGGCGCGCUCCACCGGGCGCUGAGGGAGGAGCCCGAGCUGGAGGGGAGGGAGACGCCGUCCACCGGCACCAACGAGGUGGGGGUCCGAGGGCCGCCGCGCCCUACGGCCGGUCCACUGUGUCCGUCGCUGAUCAAACUCCUGCUGGCCGUGAGCCAUGAGACUGCCGCAUCCUUCACGUGGCCUUGGCCAGCACUUGACCCCUGGCUUUUGCCUUUGGGUCGCCUUGCAACACUGUCCCUGGCAACCACGGCUGGUCUGUUUGCUUUCUUCCGGGAGGAAGCUGGCUGGAACCAGGAGAGCCUGUGUCUGGCCUCACUGGAGAUUGGAGAUGCACAGUCGACCUUGUGUCUCCGACGUCCUGCCUUUGGAGGCCUGAUCGGGAGCCAGAGCGUGAACUACAAAGAUGUCCACGCGUACGGGUGCGUGUUUCAUGCGCCCCGGCUGUCAGUGCUUUUCAAUGAAAGUGAUCGGAAGAUGUGGCUCAUCAGGAAGUCCACCCCUCCAGAGACCCUGGGUUUCUCUGCGUCUUUCUACUGGUCCCCACGGCCCCAGGACAUGUAA